AAGGUUGACUGACAGCAUAUAAGAGCAGCUCUUGUUCAUGAUCUCUACACAGAAGCAAGAAGGAGCUCUCACCUGCAGGUUUCCCAGUUCGUCGUCUUCAACCUCUGCACCAUCUUCCUGGCUAAGAUGCUGACUGUGACUUUAGUUCUUUGUGCAAUGGUGGCACUGGCUACAGCUGACGAUGCAGCUGCAGCUGCAGAUGUCGAACUUUCUUCGUCACAGUGUCCACCCAACUGGAAAAAACACAACAACCGAUGUUUCUACUUUGAAUCCUCCCCCAAGAACUGGGUUGAUGCUGAGACACAAUGCCAGACCAUGAGUGGGAACCUUGCAUCGAUACACCAGGAUGACGAGCAUAAAUUCCUUCAGACCUUGACUCAGUCAGAAGCAUGGAUUGGAGGCUCAGAUUGCCAAUCGGUAAAAUACAUUUGCCUACAUUUGUUUUGUGUGUUUUGAGGCUAACAUGAUUCACCACUU